GUUUUGUUUUUGAUUUUCUUGGUUACAUGUUACGAUCUGCUCUAUGGGAGGCUGAAGAAUCAGAGUCUCUUGAAGAAUUCUCUUUUUUCUUCAUAUUGCUAACAAGUGCGUUCUGUGGAUCUAAUGGUUUUGUUCAGAAAUUUGGUGGCUCAUAUCUUCUGUUCCAUGGAUGUACCUUGAUUUGGAUAACGUCAUUCAUAUAUUUGUCUCGGAAGUUUUCUCUUUUAUGGAAUGGCUGCUUCAUCAUCUUCUUGUCCUUUUGAUGUGUUCUUGAGCUUUAGAGGAGAUGACGUUCGCAAGACUUUUGCAGAUCAUGUCUAUGCAGCUUUGACUGGAGCGGGGAUUCACACCUUCAGGGACGAUGAAGAAAUUGAGAGGGGGAAAAACAUUGACCAAGAACUCACGAAAGCAAUUCAACAAUCAAAAGUAGCAGUAAUAGUGUUUUCUCCAGACCAUGCCUCUUCAAGAUGGUGCCUUGAUGAGCUUUGGAUGAUCAAUGAGCGUAGAAAAUCUGAUGGUAUGCAUAUUUUGCCAAUUUUUUACCAUGUCGAUCCAAGUGCAGUCAGGCGGCAGAAAAGAAGCUUCAAGGAAGCAUUUGAUAGACAUGAACAGCAACUAAAGGAGGAGAUAGACAAGGUGGAGAGAUGGAGGGCAGCUCUUAAAGAAGUUGCAGAUCUGGGCAGGAGGUUUUAAAAGACCAGUACGAGGCACCGUUCAUUCAAAACAUUGUCAAGCUCGUUGCGAAUAAAUUGGAUCGCAAGCUUCUGCAUGUGGGUUCCUACUUAACAGGAAUAGGUGAUUAUGUAGGCCGGAUUAAUCACUGGUUGCAAGAUGAGUCGACAAAUGUUAGGAUAUUGGUACUUUACGGGAUUGGUGGGGUUGGAAAGACCACCAUUGCAAAGACUGUUUAUAACCAAGACUCUGACAAGUUUGAAAGGAGCUGCUUUCUUGCGGACGUUGCUGAAACAUCAGAACAGCCAAAAGGUAUGAAUAGCUUACAAGAACAACUUCUUUCAGAUAUCCACAAGCGGGAAUCAGUAAAGAUAUAUAAUGUAGAUGAGGAGUUA